AUGUGCUUCUUCCAUUAUCCAGCUCCCAAGCCCAGGAAUAAGAAGGCAAAGAAGCAAGCGGGUUUGAGGAGGGCAGUCGGCAGUAACGUGGUCCACGAUAUUCCGUACGAAGCAGCGGACGACGCACUCUAUCAGGAACCUACGGGAGUAGGAACUGCGGCGACGAUGUAUCAUCCGUACUUCAAUUACUUCCCAUACGGCAUGGAGCAGUAUUUUAAAGACGAACCCUACUACGUAACGCGUGGCUCGUGGGCCUCGCAUGGAGAGGCGCUGAACGGCAGCCUGGGCGCGACGAAGGAGAUCGGGGAGAAGAUAGAGGAGCUGAAGGGCGUCGUCUCCGGCGGAGUCGCGGUGGCCCGAGCCUUGGCCGGAAGCACCCAAAGCACUCUCGAGGGGACCCGUGAUGAUAUUAACAACACCCACGCAGCCGUCCAGGGCGCGAAUGACGCGCUUAGACAGACCCAUGAUGCGAUCAACAAGCACUACGACGAGCACAGCACCAAGCAAGACAAAUGCGUCGCCGAGAUCAGCAAAGUCCGGACGAUGUUAGAGGAAGACGCGAAAAAUAAAGAACAGGCGCGCCAGCGACAGCAAAACAUGCAGGAAGCGUGGAACUACUACCAAUGGUUUCGACAGGCGGAACAGGAGGCCGAACAGAAAUCGUCGUCUAAGAGUAGUGAUAGCAAUGCCCAGGCCCAACAGCCAAGCACAAGAAACAAUAACGACAACACAGCAACAACAACAUCAUAUGAACGACAGGCACCCCUCGACGACCGGAAACUCAAGCGGUCAGUUUUGGAAUGCCUGGACCAGAUUCUCGGUGAGGCGGGUUCGCACGCUGACCGCCCCGAGCGAAACCGCCAGAGCCACACUCACUUCCAUGCCUACGCCCCGACAUCUCCACCGCCGUGGGGGGGUGUCCAGUACCAUGCAGACCCCCGCGGCGGCUGGCAACAAUUUCAGGCUUCCCCUUUUCCGGGCCGAGGCGAUGCUUACCAUAACGACAACGACGACGACGGCAGUACACCUCGCGGUGGUCCGGGGAAGAGAAAUGGUACUACUAGAUACUAG